CACAUGCACGUCAGACUCCGAAAGGAAUGAUCUGUUUGCUCUAGAGUAUCGGUCCAGAUAAAUAGCGCAUGCACGCCGGGAUCUACUGUUGCAAGCGCAUCGAGGCAAUUUUGAGUUCCAUGUCCUCAUUCGAUCGCUAAAGCGGGUGUUCAAUUUAGGCAGGGCUGAGACGACACGUGACCUCUGAUCAGCUAAAACAUGCUGGGGCGGUUAUCGGCUGUCGAUCCGACUUUCCUCCCCACCAUUUUCCGGCCAGGCACCUCUACACUUUGAACAGGAACCGAUUGCAUUACAGAAAGAGAAGAAGCAAUGGCGCAGCCAAAAUGAUUCCGGAAUAUGUCAGAACAAACGCUGCCGCAAAGUCGAGUGGUUCGUCGCAGAAACCCACGGCCCAUUAAUUCCUGCGUUGAAUGCCGCACAAGAAAGAGUCGUUGCUCCAAAACUCACCCUUGUCAAAACUGCACAGCCUUCGGUAGAGAAUGCGUUUUUAUUACUGUGCCUGAAAGUGCGGCGCGCAAGAAGCAAAGAGAAAGAGAGCAAGCGUCUAGAUCCAGUGCGGACUGGACCCAACCGAUUCCUGUGCGCACUCAGUCCAACUCUGGAGUCCAGGGAGGAGAUGGUAUAGGAACUAAAUUCGAGGUUUUCGAUCGUGAAAACGGGAACGCCAGUACAACCACUCCAGGAACACCACCACGUGAUUACGAAUGGGAGGCCUAUCAGCAGCACGUCCAGGUUGAUGGUGGGAAAGAUGCGUGGGAGAAAUUGCCCGCAGAGCCUGAAGAGACGCCCGAUGAUGUGUACGAGGACGAGAAUGAUGACGAAGACGAGAUUGCGACAGAUCUGACAAUCCGAAUCGGUAGAAUGAUCAUUUGCGAAAACAUUACUGGAUUUUUCAGGCCGCAAUACGCUGAAGAGCUUGGAAAGCUUCUCGCAGACCAUUCGCCAUCUUCUACAUCAUCAGUAGCGGGCCAGAGAGCGCCACAGUCAUCUGGCCUUCUGUCAGCGGAGCAUAUGCCAUCGCUCUCGCCAUCUUUGAACUUGCUUUUGGGUGGUUCAAUUCCUACUACACCAAAACACACUGAUAUUGAACCUCCCCAGCUUCCGACACGGAUUGAAGCAGAAGCCCUGUUCCAGCGGUAUCUGGAGGCGGUCAAUCCACUUGCCCAUGUCCUCCACAUUCCAUCGUUCAAGCGGCUAUUUGAUAGAUUCUGGAUGAAUCUGGAAAUGGGCAAUCCGAACCAAAAUUCUUGCACAGCACUUAUUCUUGCAGUGUGCAUGGCUGCGGCCGCAUCUGUUUCGCCACUUCAAGCAAAGUCACAGUUCGGUAUCACCAAGGAAGACUUAUUUCUGAGACUGCAGAAAGCGACGGAAAGAGCCCUACUUCGCGCGAACUGGGCGAAGACAUCAAACAUCCGGACACUCCAGGCGCUCACCAUUUACCUCAUACCGCUUUGCAGAGCACAAAUCUCUCGUGCAACAUCAGUUGUUGUUGGAUCCUUGGUACGCCUCGCGCAAUGCAUCGGUAUCCAUCGUCUUUCUCACCAUGUCCUCACCCCCCUUCAACGCCAUGUACGGUCUCUCUUGUGGUAUCAGAUCUGUUUUCUGGAUUUCAAAACUGCCGAAGCCCAAGGACCACAUCCAUCCAUCCGAUCCGAUGACUUCGAUAUCCCGCUUCCACUAAACGUUGACGAUGACGUGUAUGAGUUUGGCACACCAAAAUGGCAACAUGAACCCUCUUCUAUCAGCGGUUUCACCGACGCUACACUGUCUUUGAUUCGGUACGAAUGCAAUGAGAUCCAUCGUCUCAUAUUCCGUGGAAGAAUCGAGAUCGACCGCAAGACGUGUACACUGCACGAUCUUCGCGCGACGGUGGAAUCACGUAAACGACAUAUCCAAACCACGUAUCUGCAAUACCUCGAUGCUUCGUCCCCAAUCCAACGUUAUGCCGGUCUGGUAGCAACACUUUUGAUGUCACGCUGCGACUCCAUGCUUCUGUAUCGUCACCUACCGCAAGCAUCACUACACCCCCGUUCCGAGUCGGAAAAUCGCCUUCGUGAUGUACUCCUCACCGCAGCGCUCACUACACUCGAGAUUGGCGCCACGCUGGAUACGCUCCCCAGCCUCUCAUCAUGGGCUUGGUAUAGCACGACGUAUCAACAAUACCACGCAGUGCUACUCCUACUUACGGAGCUGUACCGUACGCCAACGCUACCGCGUAAAGAGCGCAUGGCCACCAUCAUCGAUCACAUCUUCGGCCACUGUUACGGCGUCGGUGUCCGCGAGCGUUGCUCCGAUCUCCUGUGGACAGUCAAAGAGAAUCUCGAGGCCUUCUACGUCAUGAAAGGCCUUCCCAAAAAGAACACAGUCGCAGGCAUGCAACAGCACCCCACCCUCCAGCCCCUCCCCCCUUCGCUGCACCGCCAACAAACCAACCAAUCCUCGAUAUCGCAGCAGCAGCAACAACAGCCACAGCAACAACAGCAAUUACCACUACCGCAGCACCGGCAGCAGCAAGACAUCAACAUUGCAUCUCAGAUGGGCGGUAUGGCAGGGCUCACGACUCCACUGGAUAACCUGAAUGUAGACUUCGAAUCGCUACUUAAUGGGUUCGCAGGGGGCGGUGCUACUACCAACAGCGAUGACUUUGACACGCUGCUCUCGGGCAUGCAAGGGAGCCCCGGGGCCAUCUUUGUACCCGUGGAUAACGCGAACGGUGUCCGGCCUUCUGAGUGGGGGGAUGGAACCACGCCUGGGUCUGCGGGCUUGCAGCAAUGGGACAACUGGAGUUUUCCGACCCCACAGCAGCAGCAACAACAACAGCAACAGCAACAGCAGCAGCAAAAGUUUGAGCGAUAA